GUGUCCUUUUGGCUGACCGCAUGACUCCGUAUCUCGCUUCGUCGCUGUACUCGUUGUAACCUGUGUACGUGCAGCACGCGCUUCACCCUCUCCUCACAGCUGACAACGCUAGCUUCCGCCAGAACGCCUCAUACUCGGUCACUGAACUCGCCCAAGUUUGUGAACUAACUAGUUGAAAAACUUUGGAAAGUAAAAGUGGGGAAGCAGUGAAGAGCCGGAGUGCAGGCGUGCAGCGCGGCGCCCUAGCCAGGUUACGUUGCCGCCUUGUAGCCAGGAGAUAAUUUGCGAAAAGAUAUUUGCCCGGAGUCAUAUAUCAUUGUAAAGGAGCUCUCUUCAAAAGUUGAGCCCCGCACCGCACCGGCUUGCUCGCUGACCGCCGAGCCGCUAAUCUAGCUUUUUACGCGCUCCACCGUCGCCCGCCCAGACCCGCACCGGCCGCCGCCAUGCUCGCGCACCAAGCACCGCUCGCCCUCUACUAAACUCAACCGUCAACAUCGAUAAGAACGCGUGUGAUAAUAAUAUUUUAAUACUCGCCUAAAUAAGCUUGCAACGUCGGUGUCUUUAAUUCUAACUUAAUUGUAAGAUUAAUCAACUAGUAAGUAGGUACCUAGCGUGGUAGCCGCGCGUGAAUCGUCGCGGAACUGCGUCCCGUGCGUGUGUGUAGUAGUGUAGUGAGGGUGCGCGAUCGCAACGUGAGUGCAGCAGCAGCAGUCUCUCUCGCCGUGUGACCAGUGCAUGCUGAGAGCGCGCGGGCGCGCUCGCUCCCCGCCGCCUAUGCGCCGCACUCGCUCUGCGUAAUUGCGCGCGCAUCUACCGCCCCUGAAUUUUAUGGCAGCAAUGGCCACCAUGGUGAACAUGAAUAACCUCUUAAACGGCAAGGACUCACGUUGGCUGCAGCUUGAAGUGUGCCGCGAAUUUCAACGGAAUAAGUGCUCGCGACCUGACACCGAAUGCAAGUUUGCGCAUCCUCCAGCAACCGUGGAGGUGCAGAAUGGAAGAGUUACCGCCUGCUACGACAGUAUCAAGGGUCGGUGUAACCGCGAGAAGCCACCUUGCAAGUACUUCCAUCCACCGCAACAUUUGAAGGAUCAGUUGCUAAUCAACGGACGGAAUCACUUAGCACUCAAGAACGCACUAAUGCAGCAGAUGGGCCUGACGCCCGGCCAGGUGCUACCUGGCCAAGUCCCAGCUGUGGUGGGCGGCGUGGGCGGUGCGGGCGCGGCAGCCAGCCACCUCGCCGCGCUGGACCCGAUCAGUCUGGCCCUGCUCGCACCGCAGGCGACGUCGCCGUACCUGUCGGGGGUGCCGGGCGUGGGCUCGACGUACGCGCAGUACUACGCGCCGCAGCUGGUGCCGGCCGUGCUGGGCCACGACCCCGCCGCUGCCGCCGCCUCGCCGCUCGGCGUCAUGCAGCAGCCUGUGCUGCAGCAGAAACUGCCGCGCACCGAUCGCUUAGAGACGGCCGCCGCAGCCCAGCAGCCGACAGCGAGCGCGACUUCGGAGCCGGGCAAGAAACGGCCGGCGCCCACCGAGCUCGAGCCGCCACCGAUGGACAUGAAAAGCGUCGGAUCCUUCUACUACGAUAACUUCGCCUUUCCCGGCGUGGUGCCGUACAAACGACCCGCUGCAGACAAAGCGGGCGUACCCGUGUACCAGCCGGCGACGACCUACCAGCAGCUGAUGCAGCUUCAGCAGCCGUUCGUGCCCGUAUCAUGUGAGUACCCCGCGCCCGCUACGUCCGCCCCGCCGACCGUGAGCGUGCCCGCCAGUGUAUCCGCGCCACCGCCGUCCGCGACCGCGCCCGUGCCCGUGUCCUCCGCGCCGCAGCCGCCGCCUGCCCCCGCGACCGCCCCUCCGGCGCCCUCGCCGCCCGUCAGCGCUGGCGGCGAGCCCGGCACCCCCGACCCUGCCGCCAUGGCCAAGGAGGUGGCACAGAAGAACUACGUGGCCGCGCUCGCCUUUGCCGCGCAGCACUCUGCCAUGGCCCAGGCAGCGGCCGCCUAUACGCAACAGGCGCUAAAGGCCCGCGCUGGCAUGCAGCAUCACGCGGGCUUGAUGCGCGCGCCUCACAUGAUGAUGCGGCCGGGCUGGCCGGCGCCGCCCAUGCCCAUGCCCUACUACCAGCAGCCAUUCAUGUACGCAGUGCCACCGCCCACUCCACCCACGGCGGCGGCGGCGGCGGCCGCGGCGGCUGCGGCGGCCGUCAACCCCUACAAAAAGAUGAAGACGACAUAGACGUGCGACACGCGCGGUCGGCGGGGCGCGGGACGCGGGGUCUCCGCGUAGAGACUCGUACGUGUGCGGCCGAGUGUCCCGCCCCGGCCUGUCGGGGCGGUUAGCGCUAGGCGUGUUGUCACAUUUGUAUUGUAUUAUUGUAAGGACGAAGCGAGCGGCUUCGCCCUCGCCGAUGUCUCGGUAGUUUUACGCUAUAUAUAUAUACUACUGUAUUUCUACUCACUUACCGUUAUUACCCUAUGCGUGUAUAUUUCUCGUAUCUACGAUCCCGGUAAUAAUAACGCUUGAGAUGCAUGACUGUACGUUUUUUUAUUACCUCUUGUCGAUCGUCGUUUAUCGUGAGUACCUAUCGUCGUACUGAGAGUUGAGCGCUUGGUCCGUCGAUCCCGCUACGUACACGCUUGUUCUCGAAGGAGCUCCGCACGGGUGCGCUUUGGCCGAUGUGUCGAUCCCGUACCUACCUAGUGGUUACCGGCUUGCAGCAGCAGGCCCGCACCUAACACAGCCGCCUUCUAAUUUUCGCAUGGAAUAGAAUCCACCACCCCUAUACGUUUGGCUCAUCAGGUAUUAUUCUCAUUAUUCUAGUGCUCCUGUGUGCGCUAUGUGUGCCGGCGUGUUCAUCAGUAGUGGCGCGGGGGCGGCGAGCGUCGCCCCCGCAGUUUUCUUUCGGUCGCACCUCCUUUCUAUUUAUUUUAAACGCUUUCUGUUACAUGCCUUCCGAAUGACGCUUCGGCUGCGUCUGCAUUGCAAUCUUUUGUCGCUUUUUGUGUCCGGCCGGACAGGCUGUGCGCCCCCGAACGCGCCGUACGUGGUGUACACCGACGAGCGCGGACAGGUAACGUGUGCCGCGUGCCGCACCGCCCCGCGCACCGCACUCCGCCGCGGCACCAUCACCGCAUGCGCUUAUGUUAACGACACUCUAGGCUAGUCGCAGAGACCAGUCUGCUCGCUCCACGACACAUGAUUCCUUCGUGUUUAACACAUGUUGAGACACCACAGUCUAGUAAAAUCAAUCAACCAUGACUGAUACCGGUAUCCUAUACCAAUUAGGACUUGGUACCGACGUAUGUAGUGCCCAAAUGCACAUAUUUCAAUGACACGCAAUUCUGAUCGCUACAUCAGCAGUGCUAAAAGUAAGACAUUCAUCGCUAUGAUGAUGAACAUUGUAUAACAAUUAUUGGCACUAUUCUGUGGCGUCUCCUCGUUUAGUAAACAAUGAUGCAAGUGCCGUGUGACGUGAGCUUAUCGUUAACACUCACACAUUAGUCAGGCACAGCAGCCCCCCUCCCCCGGCACAGUCUCCCGCGCUAUCCGACUCACGACACCUCGCCUCGCUCUAACCAGUACGCUAUCGAUCGCAUAUCACCUCCUACGCAACUACGUCUACCGCUUAUUAUGUUCUGUUCAGAAGCUCGAAGUCGUUCAAUUGAUUAUUAUUAUUACUAUUUUGAAAUAAUCCUGCUAAUAAAUCUGUUGUUGUUGUAUUUGUGUGUUAUAGUUAAAUGUAUUGGCCUAACAUUAUUUAGUGAUACAUUAAACGACAAUAUACAUUUUUCAUACUGAUAUUAAUUAUUGAUAUCCUUCGUAAUACACCAAGCCUUUUCAGUAAAAUCAUCCUUAAUUUAAAAAAAAACAAUAAGUAAAUCAACCAACUUUGGAUUCCGCAUAGAACUUCAGAGCUUGCUUCUUCACACGCCUUCUGUAGACGUACCUAAUUAGUUUAGUUUGUGAAGCUUUACGCGGGCUAGUUAACAACAAGCAAAGAACAAACACGAUCACCACUAAAGCGGGCCAUUCACAACCGCGGGACAAGGUGCGCUUGGUGAACUGAGCUUUUUUUCAAUAACUUUAUUACACGUCUUGAAGGAAGACAAAAUGGAAAUUAACAAAUUGUUGACACCAUAGUGUAUACAUCGUCCGGUCUGACAGUAUGUUCGGUUCGUGCUGACACGGGCGGGCAGGACGUAUGUAACGUACUGCACUACAGUACAGUGGAGGUACGAGGACUGGGCCGCGCGCACGCGCCGCCGCAGCCAUCGCUUGUCAGCCGACUCAUGAUAAUAUCUGUCAUCAUCACUCCAUCUAGUCAUUGUGCUGUAACUGUAUCGAUUAUAUUGUAAUGAACAGUUGAUGCUACAACUUGUUGAUGAUUUUUAGUUUUGUAUAGUGAGACAUACUUGCUUUCAAAUGUGGAAGAAGUCACUCUACAGUAAUGCCUUGCUUACACCCGGUAAGAUACAAUCAGCUUACUAUGAUAUCCUCAGUAUAAGUUAUUUCCUGUUUGAAGCCUAUAUUGAAACACGCCGCUUGUCACUCGCAUGGAAUUGCAAUAAUAACUUCAAAUGCUCUUUUCUCAAUAAGCUUCUAAUAUCUAAUGGACUCGGCAGUUUCAGUAAAGGUCACUUUAAUAAUUGAAAUUUAACGAAGCCAUUUUACAAACUACUAAACAGUUAGCCGUUUCAAUAAUACGCCACAUAACUUGCCUAAUUUACUAAAUAACUUGUAAAUAUAAUUAAUACGUAAUUAAAAAGCUGGUUUAACUGUUUAGUUCACAGUGAUAUUCACCUUUUGGCCAAUAUCAACUAUCAACUGCUAAUAAGGGGGUUUUUUUACACUCAUUUAAAUGCUUUUUGUAAACAGUUAUUUUUUUGUGCGUAGUUGGUAGUUGAAGUGACGAUGGUGAAAAAAGGAAACUCGAAGUGAUGUGAGAUUUAGUACAUUUGGCUACAGUGGGCCUUCAAUAACAUUCUCAAGAAAUGACAACAAUCACUUGGAGUUUUCUUUUAAAAUGCUUAAAAUGCUUCGCCGUUGCGGCUUCAAUUCCUCGCUUACGACUUGUUGAGGCCUCUCUGACGCUUGUUAAAGUGUUCACGUAGAUGUAAUAAUAUACUUGGUUUUCUUUUGUUGUCGUACAGUAACCGCACUCUCUAAUGGUCAUUAUGUUGCAGUUUGUACUACCACUAACAUGUCACGUCCAGAACUGUCAUGUAAGCUAAAGGUAUAAAUUUAAUUUGUCUAUUUACAUUAUAACCAUGGCAACCUACCGAUAAGCAUGACGUCCUCUGUUCCUCUACUGAGAACACCGGGAGAUGUAAAUUCAUCACAGCCGACGCAGACACAUGUCGUAACUCUCCCCACACAGCCUCUUUUAGCUUUAUUAUAGCAACAGUUGGUAUUUAUGGGUACACUUUGGACGCUACAAAACCUCUAGUACGCCCUCGCCCUGGUAAAAGUUGUCUAGCAUCAUGCUUUAGCUUUUUUGUAAAAUAUAGUCACGCUUAAAUAAGAUUGGCUGCGCAAUAAUGAUUAUACUUCAAGCGUUCUGCAUGCCAUUUAGAUAUUAUAUAUUCAUACCUAUGUGCAUAGUGCAGCGUACUUUAACACUACUCUCUGACGGUUAUGGAAGCUCGUUCACGAGAAUAACUCCAGCAGUGGGCUCUUAAUUUACUAUUCUGUUUAAUGUUGCAUACUAUAUCCGACGGUACUACAAUAUAAAGGUGACACACAUGAUAUGAUAUCAGCGCGCACGUUAUAAAGAAUGCUUGGAAGCUCCAAUCAUAUUGUGCAACGAAUCUUGUAAAGUUCUUGUAAUAUUGAAGCAGCAACAAGAUUUGAUUUCGAGCAAUUUUCGCCUUCCGUGUGUCCCGUUUUGUGUUAAUUAUAUGUAGCGACUGAGAAACUACACACGCAUAAACUUUUCCUUAUACGAAUAUAUAUUGAGAUCCAGCUAACAUGCUUAGGGAACCUUAAUUCAAUACAAUGUGCUAGGUGAACUGUAAUGGACCAUUUAUAAUAAUUUGCUCUUUGAUAUUACAAAAACUAUUUCAGCGUUAUUUUUCAGACGGCUGUGCAAUGAGGAUAAUGAUCAGUGUCAGAUAUAUGAAUGUCCAAUCAGUGAUGAACUAGAUUUUAGAAUUAACACUAUUAACAUAAAUAAUUCAUAAACCGUCGGUCAUUUUUUUGUCCCUGUCGACAUUACACUCUUACAUAUUUACACAAACAUUUAUAAGAGUAGUGAUACUUAUUUUUUAUCUUAAAUAAUAAUUAUCGACUGUUUAUGAAGUAGAUUUUAGAGAUAAGGAACAUACAAACGAUUAUCCCACAAAUGCAAUAACUUGGCACCUCGAUCAACAUACCAAUUUUCCAGAAAGAUGACAAGAAUUUCUCGUGAAAGGUGUUGUUUGAAUGUGUUAAAUGAUAAAUACACAAGUCUUGAAAAGAGGCGAAAGCACUUUCUUUUCCGAAUGUUUGCAAAUAUAGAGAGUUUGCAGAAAUAUGACAACGAAAUUGCCAACGAAUAAUUUUAAUACUAUUGAGUUAUAACGCUAUAAAUUGAAAGCCUAAUAACAAACAUGUAAUGCAGUGUCAAAGACUAAAAGCAUUGUGGGGGCAUCGGGGUGUAUGAAUAUGAAAUUGAGUAACGACAAUAAAUACUAAUGAAUACAUUGUUAUAUUUGCAGUUACUGGACACCCUCCCGGUGUGCCAAGAUUUUAAUCGACAAGGAUGUACAAGACCUACCUGCAGAUUUGUUCAUAUUCGUGAAGGGUGCGGGCUGCAGGUGGUGGGGUGUCGCGUGGUGGUGUGCCGCGACGCCGCCGCCGGCACGUGCCGCCGCGCCGCCUGCCGCUACUACCACAUCCCCGUUCAGCUGCCGCCAGCGCUGCGCCCCCCCUAACCUGCCCCGCCACCCGUCCACCGCCGCACCCUCCCAUCCCUCACCCCACCCCACGUCACCCCGACCCAUCCCCGCAUCGCCCGCGCCCCGCGUUAUCCAUAUCGAUCGCGCCUCUGGCACACUCGGGAAAGGCAGGUUCGGCAAGUAUCCUACUGUCGCUCCCGCGGCUGAGGUGGUGAUAUCUUAGUGAAUAUCGGUUAGUGUAGAGCGGCCGGGGCGAGCCGCGUGCGCAGACGUGCACGCGCCCCGCCCCCGCCUGGAGUGCGUUAGUCUUCGGGAAAGAGUGUGUACAUAAGUAGCGGGAUAUGAUUCUCAGGCACGGUCAUGCGAUUGUGAUAUGAAUAGAUUUCGAGACGCCGGAGCCGUUUGAGUAAUUUUAUCGAGAUCGUACCGAGAUCGUCGAAUAGUAGUUAGUGAGGUUUCAAAUGUUUUAUUACUAUUGUAUAUUAUUUUUUUUAAGAUACGAUAUGAGUUCCUGUAAAGAUCGGUGCGGUCGCCAUCGGGCGUCGCACGAAAACUUUGUUGUAUAUAAGCAAGCGAUGUAAUGUUUAUGGGUGGUGCGGAGCGCACCGUCGCCGCCGGACAGCUCGCUGCCGGCGGCCGACCCGGUGUCAAAAGUUGCAUCACCCCACUCCUAACGUGAGCAUUUUUGUGAGAAUUAUGUUACUUUUUUACGUAUGUUAUAAAAUUAUUUUUUUCUAGAUGACAAGUUUUACACUAGAUUAGAUUAAGUGAGUCAGUAAUGAAACACCAAUAGAGUAGCCGCUUCUCUCCCUCGGCACUGAAACUUUUGACGCCGGAGCACAAUUCGCGUGUGUCGAGCGGCGCGGCGGACGCCUGCGAGGGCCGCGCGUCGCUCGUGCGACUAGUCGGUACGUCGUUCUUCCCUUAAGGAGCCAUCCCGUUCGCACCACAUCCCACGUCCCACGACGCCGAGGCGUCCCCAGUUCACAUAUUAGCAUAGAUCGCGACACUCGUAGAGUGAUAGAGGACAGAAAUUCAUAAUACAAUGAACGUUAUCGGACAAUAUUAAAACGAAGAAGGCAUACUUCCAAGCUAUUUACCUAAAUUCUAGGAUAGAACGUCGGCUUUUAUUCCAGAUAGAUUUUGCUAGAUAAUCAUUCUUUUACCGGUCGAUUCCCGUCUAUCGAUGAUGCACAAAAUAUUACCGACGAUCGAGUCCGAUUACCUCUCGGUGAGUACAGCUUAAAGAAAUAGCUACCUAUAUUGUUUUCAACACAAACAGUAUUAACGUUUUGAUCAAAUUUAUCUCGUCGUAUGUAUGUAGAGGUGAUAUGCGGAUAGAGAGAGAGGCGGGUGCGCGCGCGCCGCGUCGCGAGUCGCACGUCGCGCCGGCAGUCGCGCGAGCGGGCCAGUCGCACGACUCGCACGACUGCCGAGCGCGGCGCCGCGCGGCCGGCGCGCUCGUCCCGAAGGCAUGGAAGCCUAAUGCCUAAUAUUAUUCCUAGUCCAUAUCCUUUUUGUUGAUCAGUCAUGCGAUUAAUGUUAGAAUAAAUAUUAAUAAUUUGAUUUAUUCCUCCCAUUUAGUGGAUAUUUUGAUAAUGAUAUAUUAAUAAUGAAAUAUUUAAGAUACAUAAUACAUAUUUGAUUCUAAAUCCUGAUAAAGUGACACUACGUUAGUAAUUUAGUCGGAGGGAUACUUGUGCCGUGAUUAUAUUUUUAGGUAUAUAUUAUGAAAUAAUUCCUAGCGUCGGAAUUAAAGAAGUGAUUAAUGUGUAAGCGUGUUAUAUUUAUUGUCGUAACGUAAGUGGAAUGCCAUAUCGAUAAAAGGUGAAUAUCGGAUGCGGAGUCAAACUCAUUAGUAACUCGUUGCGUUUGUGUUUAUGUUGAUUGUUAUUAUCAGUCCCGUGCUAGUGGCUAAGGUGAACACUUCACUUUUAUCAAUACGGCACUAUGAGUCUUAAAUAUAUAAGUUGUCAUUUUAUUUUUUGUUGGAAUUUAUCGUUUCAUGAAUUAUUUGUUGCCUAUAAUUUUUAUAAUCAAAAUUUUAUGAUCUGACGCAUUUAUUGUAAGACAAUCGAUUACUUUUAUAAUUAAUUAGUGUGAUAAUAAUAAUUAUGGUAUCAAAUUGCCGUUAUGAAAUAUAGAACAUCGAAAGUAUCCUUCCUGUUUAGAAGGGACUCUUCUGGCCCAAGGUUUCUAGUGGAUUUUAUAUUUUUCUUUUUGUUGUAUUUUUAAUGUUGCGUGUGUCUUACACAUAAUAUAUUUCAUUUUUGUGAUAUUUUUAACUAUAAAGUACUGUUAUUAUAAAUCCAAAUGGAAUAAUGAUGACCUAAUUAAAUAUUCAAGAAUUUAUUUGUAAAUCACAAAAAAAAAUGUAAAACUGUAAAUAUAUUGACAAAAAAAUGAACUGCAACACAAUAAUUGAUUACUAUAUCUCUCAUCAAAUACACUGUAAGUUGUUUGAGUACCUAAGUAAUGGUAUCUUAUUAUGUAGUAUGUACCUACAGUCUACUUAAAAGGUAAACCGGUCCAGUGAACAAAGUAUUGAUAAUAUUGUGAACAUUUUUUUAUUCACGAACAAUCACAGAAAGUACAUGACAUUGUAAUAUUAUUUAUGAAAUUACUAUGUGAUGUGAUCUUCGGAUCAAUUUUGAGUACAGUAUAGAUAAUAAACAACUGAAUAUGUGA